AGAAUGUCGUCCAAGAACGUCCAGAAGUAGGAAAGAUCUGGAGAAGCCACAGCUGUGAUCUCCAAAGAGGAACAAAUCCUGGAAGACUGUCGCCUUGAAGCAAGACAAUUGCCCCGGGAGAAAACAUGUCACGUGAACCAUUGCUGAAAACCUCAGAGGCAGAUGAAGAUUCCGUCGGAGAAGGAGAAGACAGAGAACUGAGGAUAAUCCUUGUCGGUAAAACAGGCUGCGGGAAAAGUGCCACGGGAAACACCAUCCUUGGCCGGAAAGAGUUCGUGUCGGCGCUUAGGCCAGGAACAACAACUGUGACCUGCCAAAGAGGCCAGGGGACCUGGAAUGGCAGGACUGUCUUGGUGGUGGACACAGCAGAUAUUUUGAGCUCAGGUGCCUUCAGUGAUGAAGAAUUAGCAGCCGAGAUCAUCCGUUGCAUUGAGCUGUCCAGGCCUGGUCCCCACGCUCUGGUUUUCGUGACUCAGGUGGGCCGUUUCACAGCAGAAGAUGAGGCGGCAGCGAAGCAAGUCCAGGAUGUCUUUGGCUUGGAGGCCACCAAGCACAUGGUGGUCUUGUUCACCCGCAAAGAAGAUUUAGGUGGAGGCUCCUUGCGGGAUUAUGUGGGGUGGUCAGAGAACAAGGCUGUCAAGGAGCUGAUGGAGAAAUGUGGCAGCCGCUUCUGCGCUUUCAAUAACAGGGCAGAAGGGGAAGAGAGGGAGGAGCAGGUCUCCGAGCUGAUGGACAUGAUCCACGACAUGGUUCAGGAGAACAGAGGAGGCUAUUACAUCAACGAGCUGUACUUGGAGCCCGACAUAACCAGUGCAGAUCUCAGGAGUUACAUGAUAGAGAACAGAUGGGCCAGGCAAAGAGCAGAGCAACUUUCUGGCAGGAGGCAGAAUGUACCGCGUCUCGUGGCAGAUUGGUUGUUGGUCGCUACGGGGAUUGCAGUUGGGUGCGCUUUGCUGGGCUACAUUAUUUGGCGUGUGUUUUCUUACUUUCAAGUUGGGAAAUCUGCCUCCUAAAAUAGCUCAUAUUGGUCUUCCAUACCCUCUCCAGCUGUUUUUGGCCUACAACUCCCAUCAUCCCUAGCUAGCAGGACCGGUGGUCAGGGAUGAUGGGAAUUGUAGUCCAAAAAAACAGCUGGAGACCCACAUUUGGGAAACCCUGGGAUAGAGUGUCAGACUAGGAAAUCCCUGACUGCUCAGGGUUCAGAUCCUCACCUCUCAGCCAUGAAUCUCACUGGGUGACCUCAAGUCAAUAACUCACUCUCAGCUUAGCAUACCUCACAGUGUUGUUGUGAGGAUAAAAUGGGGAGGGAGAGAAUUAUGAACUCCUUGGAGGAAAAGGUGGGAUAUAAACAUAAUUAAUAAGGAAAUAAACUCUUGUGUGGCAA